AUGAUUAAUGGUUUCAAAUAUGUUCAAAAUUGUACCAAACUCAACCAUGGGAGUUUUUUUCCAUCAAGAAAUUUAACCUAUACCUCAAGGUUAUUUGCAGGCCACUCAAAAUGGCAAAAUAUCAGACAUGAUAAAGCUAAAAAUGAUGCAAAAAAAUCUCGUGAAGCUAAUUCUUUGGCCCUUAGAAUAGAGUCCAGUGUUAGAACAGGAGGUGCUGAAAGUAAUGCACAAUUAGUUACAUUAAUAGAUAAGGCAAAAAAGUUGAAUGUUACCAAAAAGAUCAUUGACAAUGCCAUUAAAAGAGGUUUAGGUGAGAAUGUAGGAGACAAAAUAACUCAUUCAGUAACAUAUGAAUUCAUGGGACCCGGAGGGGUGGCCAUAGUCAUUGAGGCACAAACUGAUAAUAAGUCAAGAACAAUCGGGAAUGUCAAGCAUGCUUUAUCAAAAUUCAACGCAUCGUUGAGUCCAUGUUUGUACUUAUUUGAAAGAAAGGGACUAAUCAUUUUUGAAUCAAGUGAAGAGUACAACGAUUUAGAUACUUUAUUGGAACUUGCUAUCGACGUUGGAGCUGAAGAUGUUGAAGAAUUCAUUGACCAUGAAAAUGAAUACAAAGAAGAAAACCUUUUCCAAAUAACAACCGAUCCAGGUGAUAUCAAUAGAAUUUCCAAUGAAUUGUCACAAAAGGGAUUAAAAUUGAAAGAUACAAAUGUAAACUACAUAGCAGAAGGUGAUAAUGAAGUUGAUUUCCCCGAAGAAUAUGAAAAAUCAUUCUCCAAAGCAUUAGAGAUGUUAGAUGAACUUCCUGAAAUCACUGACUAUUAUACUAAUAUUAAAGAUUAA